AGAUCCAUUGCGCAGACAGCACUCGGUGAAUGGGAAGCGAGAUGAACGAGGGUUAGGGUAGGGGGGGCGGAGACGGACAGAGAGACGGGGCGGUCGUUCGUUGCUGCUUCGAUCCGCCGCCACCGUAGCCUAAGCUUCUCCAUCGACGCCGCUGACGCCGGCCUUUAUAUGGGGGGAGGAGCUCUCGUGGACGGCGUCCGUCGCUGGUUCCAACGCCGCUCGCACCGUUCCUCCACCGCUGCCUCCUCCACUCUCUCGACCGACGAUUCCGCCUACGACGAAUCGGGCGAGGUGGAGGAGGACGACCAGCUCCGGAUCGUCGAGGACUUGGACCUCAUCGGUCUUCCGUACAUCCGAGUCCCCAAGCGCUUCAAGAUGCCGCCGAUCGGACAACCCUACAAGAAGAGCAUGCUUGACACCGAGUUCUUCACUGAGUAUGGUGAAGCCAGCCAAUAUCAGAUUCAAGAGGUUAUCGGCAAGGGAAGCUAUGGGGUGGUCGCUGCUACUGUUGACACCCACACAGGAGAGAGGGUUGCCAUUAAGAAGAUCAACGAUGUCUUUGAGCAUGUCUCCGAUGCCACUCGCAUCCUCCGGGAGAUCAAGUUGCUCCGGUUGCUACGACAUCCUGAUAUUGUUGAAAUAAAGCAUAUAAUGCUUCCACCAUCUAGGAGAGAAUUUAAAGACAUUUAUGUUGUUUUUGAGCUAAUGGAGUCAGACCUUCACCAAGUUAUUAAGGCCAAUGAUGAUCUCACUCCAGAACAUUAUCAGUUCUUCUUGUACCAGCUUCUUCGAGCUUUAAAGUAUAUCCAUACAGCAAACGUAUUCCACCGUGAUUUAAAGCCCAAGAACAUACUUGCUAAUGCGGACUGUAAAUUGAAAAUUUGUGACUUUGGACUUGCUCGUGCAUCAUUUAAUGAUGCUCCAUCAGCUAUUUUUUGGACUGAUUAUGUAGCGACUAGAUGGUAUCGUGCCCCAGAACUAUGUGGUUCUUUUUUCUCCAAAUACACACCAGCAAUUGAUAUUUGGAGCAUUGGCUGUAUAUUUGCAGAAAUGCUAACUGGGAAACCGUUGUUUCCAGGAAAGAAUGUGGUACAUCAGUUGGACAUCAUGACUGAUCUACUUGGCUCACCUUCUGCCGAAACCAUUGCUAGGAUUCGAAAUGAAAAAGCAAGAAGAUAUCUUAACAGCAUGCGGAGAAAAUCACCAGUUCCUUUCUCGCACAAGUUUCCAAAUGUAGAUCCAUUGGCAUUACAUCUAUUGGAGCGUCUACUAGCAUUUGAUCCAAAAGAUAGACCAACGGCAGAAGAAGCUUUAGCAGAUCCAUACUUCCGGGGUCUAGCAAAUGUGGAUCGUGAACCAUCAACACAACCUAUCUCUAAACUUGAAUUUGAGUUUGAAAGGAGGAAAUUGGCAAAAGAUGAUGUAAGAGAAUUAAUUUAUAGAGAGAUUCUGGAAUACCAUCCUCAGAUGCUGCAGGAAUAUCUUCGAGGUGGAGAACAGACUAGCUUCCUGUACCCCAGUGGAGUUGACCGUUUUAAGAGACAAUUUGCACAUCUUGAAGAGCACUAUGGCAAGGGUGAAAGAAGUACACCUCUACAGCGGCAGCAUGCAUCUUUGCCUAGGGAGAGGGUCUGUGCAACAAAAGUUGAAACCGGAGACCAGAAUAAUGAUUGUGAGAUUAGGACUUCAGAAUCUGUUGCUAGAACUACUUUACAAAGCCCUCUAAGGUUGCAGCAGGGAGUAUCAGACCAUGUAUCAGCCACAGAAAAUGGUUCAAUCAAACCAAAUAGCAGCACUCGUAGCUUGCUGAAGAGCGCUAGUAUUAGUGCAUCCAAAUGCAUAGUCGCCAAUGGAAAUAGGGACACAGAGGAAGAACCAAUUCCUAAGCAUACAGACGAGACAGUUGAUGGGUUGUCUAACAAGGUCGAGGAACUGCAUGCCUAAUGCCAUGAAUGCUCAAAGUUGAUUACAGCCGCUAACGCAUCUGUCCCAAGGGUGCUACAAAAUUCACAUGCCCGAUUGCUGCCUUGAGGUGACUGGAACUUGAUCAGGUUUUCCGCCAAGCAAUAUUUGAAGAUGCCAGACGCAUCUAUUUGAUUCUGUGUUGUAACGUAUUAAUUAGCAUGGUUCUGUGUUCGUUACUUAAUGCCUGCUUUGUGGGUAAUAUCUGUCAGGUUAUUUUUUCUGUCGUCGAUACCGUCCACAGAGCUUCUCUUUGAAGGGAGAACCGCCCUCCUAUAACUGUAUCAGUAAUUAUUAUAUCUCACUUGACACUAAAAAAACUAGUCAUUCUACAAUUUGUUAGACUGGACAUGGAGAUCUUUUU